UUAACUAAUAUUCGACUAAUUGUACAUGUUUUUCGCAUUUUUCACAGUUUUCCAUGCGAAAAUUUAAAUUUCUUCAUUUGACGCUUGAUAAUCGAAUUACAAAUCAAGGUUAUACAAAUCAGCUGUGAAAAGUGUAAAUAUAAGUGAGAUCAGAUUUAUCCCAAGUGUGCAUCAGUGAGUUAUCAAAAUGAACAAAAACUCGAUGGAAUACGCACCCCUGCGAACCCUCGACGAUUUCCUGCUGGAAUCUGCACGAUUUCAGAUACCAAACUUCUCAGAUUGGGAAAAAUGGGGCAACAGGAUUGUCAGCAAUCUACUGUACUACCAAACCAACUACUUUCUAAUGUCCAUCAUCAUCUUUAUCCUCUUUGGAGUGAUGCAUCCAGUGCAGAUUAUUACUGGAUUUCUGGUUAUGCUGGUGAUCUUUACUGUUUUCUGCUAUGUGACUAAUGAGGCUGGUGCGAUUGGGCAGUUCAAGUGUAAACAUCCAGUGGUUUCAACUGGAUUGAUCUUUACAGUGUCAUAUUACUUGUUGGCAACUGUAAUGGGUUCACUUUUGGUGUUUUUGCUUUCUAUACUUGUACCAUUUUGCAGUAUUUUCAUUCAUUCUUCUUUGCGUUUGAGAAACGUGAAGAACAAAUUGGCGAAUACUUUCGAGCCGAUGGGAGUCACUCGUACACCGAUGGGCAUCUUCUUGGAAGAAAUGGGUUUGCAGUCCCAAAGAAGUACAAUUAAACUCGGAGAUUUCUUUAAGCCUUCCUCACUGAUCAAAGAUUUCAAGUCAUCAAAGACGCAUUAACGUACUUUUGUCAUGUCACGACCAAUCCGCGCAUGCACAGCCAUUCAUUACAUGAUUUACAGCCAUUAUUACCUUUUAUUAUUAAUUGUUAUUGUUUUAAUUGAUGUUACAAGCAAUCCAAAGAUAAUAUAGUCAUUUUACAUCCAAA